AAAGAUAUUUUUUUUUCGGCCAGUGAAAUGUGGAGGUAAUUUGACCCGACCCUACACAGCCAGUUGCAGUUUCAUGUCUCGCUAUGCAAUGAGAUCUAGAAUUCUUGUGAAAUGGAUUCUUGCGUUUUCUCUUUGUUUGUUGGAACCUGCAGCAGGCAUUAUAGGAACAGGUGAAUGUAAGGCAAAGGAUGGUAUGAAAUUGAAAAGUAACGAUACUGUCGAUGGAGUUGGGAUACUUGGAAUGAAACUAUUGGAUGAAUUGAGCAAAACAUCCGAGGAUAAUAUAAUUUGUUCUCCUUUUAGCAUUGCAACCACAAUGGCAAUGGUGUACGGAGGAGCUGGUGGGAAAACGGAAGGAGAAAUGAAAAAAGUAUUAAAAGUAUCAAAAGAUUACAAAAACGAGUAUCACGCCCUAUUAGGAUCUUCUAGUUCUAGGCAGGGUGUAACUUUAAAUGUUGCAAAUUCUGUCUUUACUGAGAAAACUAUUGGAAUUAUAGAUGAUUUCAAAUCAGAUGUAGAAUGUUAUUUCAAGGGAAAAGCUGAGGACUCAGAAUUCAAGAAGAAUCCAGAGAAAGAAGUGAAACGUAUCAACAGUUGGGUAGAGGAGAAAACAAACGGGACGAUAAAGGAUCUUCUGAAACCAAAUAUGAUAAAUGCAGAAAGUGUUAUGGUGCUCGUCAAUGCUAUUUACUUCAAAGGUGAAUGGGAUGAAAAGUUUAAGCAAGAAAAGAAGAGGGACUUCCAUGUCAGUGAUAAGAAGAAGAUUAGUGUUAAAUUUAUGCAGAGGAAAGGAAAGAUUAAUUGCACUAAAACAGGAGACUCAAUUAUCAUGNAAUAA